AUGCCCCGGAAGAGUUCUUUUGGGAAAGUAACAUUGAUGAAAAUGAGUGAGAUUUCCUUAGUCAAACACCCGGUUCUUGCUUCUAUGAAUGCACCUUCAAUUCCUACAAAAGUUGCUGAAUCUAGCUCCAUUUUGGCACAUUGUUGGAAGGAGAUUCAAGGCUUAAAUAACUGGGAAAAUCUCAUGGAACCUUUAGAUCCUCUUCUCCAGAAAGAAAUCAUCCGGUACGGCGAGUUCAUUGCCGCCUAUUAUGAAGUCACAAAGUAUAUUUAUGCCACUCCUGAUAUUAAAAUUCCGAGCCAAAACAGCGCAAUGUGUGGCCGUUGGAUUGGAUAUGUUGCUGUAUCAUCGAGCAAUGAGAGAAGGAGGAUUGGGAGGAGAGAUAUAGUGAUAACAUUCAGAGGAACAGUUACGAACCCUGAAUGGAUUGCAAAUCUAAUGAGCUCAUUGACUCCGGCACGACUCGACCCACAUAACCCUCGGCCACAUGUUAUGGUCGAAACUGGGUUUCUGAGCUUGUACGCUUCUGAUGAGAGUGGCAGCAAAUUUGGGCUCGGAAGCUGCCGGGAACAGCUUCUUUCCGAAGUGUCUCGGCUAUUAAACAAGUACAAAGGCGAGGAAAUGAGCAUAACUUUGGCGGGGCAUAGCAUGGGGAGCUCGUUGGCACUCCUACUUGCUUAUGAUAUUGCAGAGCUUGGAUUGAACAGACACGCUUUCGACCGUGAAAUACCGAUCACUGUUUUCUCUUUUGGAGGGCGAAGAGUUGGGAAUUCAAGCUUCAAGGAAAGAUGUGAGGAGUUGGGUGUAAACGUUCUUAGAAUAGUGAAUGUUAAUGACCCCAUAACAAAGCUUCCUGGAGUUUUUUUGAAUGAAAAUUUUAAGGGUAUUGGAGAGGGAUUUGAGUUUCCUUAG